AAAUAAUGGAUGCUAUAGUCCAGACAUGUUCAACCGGUCGACCGCGAUCAACAGAUGGAUCCCUGGGAUGAUCCUGGUUGAUUGCGGGAUUAAAUAAAGUGGGCAAGGAAUGUAAUGGCCCCCGGCGCUCGUCCCUCCGCUGCAGGUAUGGCUGGUGAUCGAUUUUCUGUAUACAGUGGUACCUCAGGUUACAGACGCUUCAGGUUACAUACGCUUCAGGUUACAGACUCCACUAACCCAGAAAUAGUGCUUCAGGUUAAGAACUUUGCUUCAGGAUGAGAACAGAAAUCGUGCUCUGGCGGCACGGUGGCAGCAGGAGGCCCCAUUAGCUAAAGUGGUGCUUCAGGUUAAGAACAGUUUCAGGUUAAGUAUGGACCUCCGGAAUGAAUUAAGUACUUAACCCGAGGUACCACUGUAUUCCCCUAAAAGAAGCUUAAGAACACUGACCCCUCCCCAAAAAAGCUCAACAACUCUGGGCAACUCACCCCACCCCCCACUCAUCCUCCUUCCAAUGACAAUGGGUAGAUCACUUCCAUAUUUUUUAUAUACUGGGAGUAGAUCGCAGUCUCUUGGGAGUUGGGAGUAUAGUCCAUCAACAUAUAGUGAGCAUCACGUUGAUUAUCCCUGACCUAAUUUUUUUUAUCCAACUCCUUUUCCAGUUGACACAGAACAGCUAUACUCAGUGUUCCACCCUUCUGCCCUCUUCUUUUCCUUUUUUCUUCUAUCUUCUAUUUUUAGUAACUCCACAGAGGCCCAAUGCUGUAACAAGAUGCUCAUCAAAUAUGAGAAGCCUCUUUUGUCCACAAUGUGGGUUUUCAACCACGCAAAUGGAUGAUGCAUCUGUUUUUGAAAACAUCGAGUUUUUCAUUUAUAUUUUUUUCUCUUUCAUUUUGAUUAUACCAUUGUUCCAGGUCAUCUUAAUAUAUCACUGGUACAAUAUUUUGGGAAACACUUGUAUCCGAGUAAGUAUUCGCCAGUUAAUGGUAACCUUUUCCAUAUGCCACACUCACCACAACCCAAGGUCUUGUUUCUUUAAUCAGGUGGCUUACUUCCAAUUUUGCAACCCACUGGGUGUUGGAAAAUGCCUAGGGGUGCCUGCAAACCCCCGGAACUCCAAGCGUCCUCCGGUAUGUGCAACCCUGGAAAAGGCAUCUCCCCCAUUCUCCAGUGCGCUCAGCGACAUAAAUCAGAUGAUCUAUGCACACUAAUCUUCUAGCUUAACACAGCAAGAAGCGUGAAACAUCAUAGUCUAAUCUACUAUUUAUUUACACACUAUGUACAGACAAAGGCAUAAUGGCGUCUGUUCUCUCCAGCUCUCAGAGAACAAACAAAACAAAGCAAAAGCAAAAGCAAAAGUACAGACAACAAAAGGGAGAAGGCUGUCUUCUGUUCCCACAGUCUUCUCAGACAGGCAUGUGAAUUAUACCAAUCACAAAAUGCAUCAUCGGAGGAGUGAAAUUGCUAACACUGGGGUGGCAGGGAGACCUGUUUGAAAGAAGACGUUAUAUGAGAAAUCCUUAGGUGGGGAAAAGUUUACCUCCCAACUACCUGUUCUCCCCUGCAGAUGCCCUCCAUCCCUGCUUUAAUAUUUUUAGAUGAACACAAAUUUGGCAACCCUCUAUUUGCCUCAUAAUUCCACAUCACAAUUAGACUAAUUUGUUUUAUUACUUACUGAAACUGUUAUCUCCAAGCAGCGUUAUCCUAUAGGCAUGUGCAGUGCUUAAAAGACUGAGUACACUGCUCCUGCUGACAGAACAGACAUCCCAGGUUUGUGCAUAUCAUCAUGGUCCUAAACCACAGUUUGGCAUGUUGCUCUUGUAGAGCUCAACAGAGAGGAGGCCGAGGACAAAGCUAGAGUUAGAUGGCUCUGACUGUCAUUGCCUCUUGCUCCACCUACUGUUUGGGUCCUCCCUGCCCUCUGCCCCACCAGUGGGGAUGGGUGGGAGAUGUAAGACCCGCUGCAAAAGAGCCAAAAUCUCAGGCCCCCCCCCCGAACUGCCCCCUAACAACUUCCCUGCCUAAAACUGCAAAAACAAAGGAUUGUCCAAAAAAAAAAGAUAGACCACAAUACAUCAUUGGUAGACUAGUUUUGCUUGUGCAGACCACAUAUAUAUGAACAAAUACAUAUUUGGUACUAGUGUGUGGUUUAUCUGAUAUACAUAGUAGCGAUCUACUUUCUCUGCCCAUGAGAGAAAUAUUACCAGAUGUUUUACAUUUAAGAAACUAUUUUAGAAAAACUGAACUCUUUUUAGGGCUCGUCAAUACUUCCAUUCACCCCACUGCUUUCCCCCAGGAAAACCCAUGGUUUAGCACCCAUGGCAAUUGGGUUUGUCACGGAUUGCUGUUUGUUCUGAUUUAGCACAAAAGAGCGGGUUUUCCAUGGGAAAGUUGUGGGACGAAGGCAAAACCACUCAGACCCUUGCCUAGAAAGCAUGGGUAAGUGGAAAAUUGCCUGGAUGCAUGCUUUCUAGCCCUUAUAGAUUCUGUUUUACCGAACCCUCACCCUAUAUAGGUUUUGUUGGAAAACCCGUCUAAAAAUAUUGCACAAAUUUGGGUUGGUAGGCUCUCCAGUCUUGGGAAAUCCAAAAUGUACCCUUUUCCCAGAUUCAUACUCACAAUUCAUACUCACAGGAGAGAGAGAGAGAGAGAGAGAGAGAGAGAGAGAGAGAGAGAGAGACCUCCCUUUCCCUGGUCUCUGCCACACUGCAGUGCCCUGAAAAAAAUUGCACCUGCCAUCCAUCUUUGAGUUCUGCAGCUAUUUAAAGCACAGGAGUUUACUGAGGGUCAGGCGCUGGCAGUGUCAAUGUAUAUAGGUAGCUGCACCAAGUGAAAUGCAGAAGGAGGUAGGAGUCUUCUUUGUGUUAACAUCCAUGAAUCUCUCUUCUUCAUCAUUCAAUAUCUGACAAUGAGGAUAAAUCCAGAGAGGUAUGGGGUAGUGACUUGUGUGUGAACGAAAUAUUUUAGAAUGUGUGUAUACUUGUGUUAUUAUAAUCCAUGUUAUUGAAAGUUUGAUUUGAUGAGGAAGAGGAACCUAGUAGAACAGAGAGAUGUGGGUACAGGAAGAGGUGGAUACAGAAAACUUUAUUUUUUCUGUUCAUGCAAAAGUUGUCAAGUAUCUGCUGAAAGCUUUAAUAAGAUAACAAACAAACAAAAUUGUGCUUGGAAGUAUACUACGUGCUGUACAUUACUUAAAAUUCAAAUGUCGGCCCACAGGAUCACAAUCCCUCUUAUUUCCAUGUACACACAAUGGAGGAUAUACAAGCAAUUGGUUCUGUGGAACUGGAGCAAGGCGAGAAUUAACAUGGGAAUGCAACCUUUGGAUUGCACCCAGGAGCUGAAGCAUCAACGACAGCAGAGGAAGUAGCAGCGGCAGCCACUAAUCCUGCUCUAACGCCACAGCAGCUUGUCAUUCCAGUGGAUCUGCUAAUGGAGCUACAAACUGCCUGUGUCUCUCAGGAAACCACACAUGGAAAUGUCCCAGCGAGUCUGGAGGAGGUAAGAUACUGACCCCCAAAUACAAAGUAAAUUUCAUCAGUUAUGUUCCUGAAGGUUCAGGUGUUUCGUAUUAUGGUAGGUGAGAAUUAAAUGGAGGGUGGGGAGAGAAUGGUAAUGUAAAUUUUAAAUCAGAUGGUUUGUUUUGUUUCAUGUACCCAUGCAUGUUCAUGGAUUCAUUAUACAAAUCAAGUGUCUGGAAAUCAAAUAGCUUUCUAAUUCAGAAUUCCCAACGGAAAUAGUAACAGAGCCCUGCAAACAGAAUAGCUAUGUGCCUCAUUUGGACUUAAACAUUGCUGUUUUUCUUUCGUUACAACCUUUAUAUCAUUUGGUUGCAUAAUGACAUUUUCAGAGCAAAUGAAUACUGUAUCACAGUCUAUUUUAAUCUUAUCUGAGUACCUAAAAACACCAAGGGUGGCAUAACAUUUGCAAAACAUUCUAUAACAUUGGCAAAACAUUUCAGCUUUGGGAUUCUGAGCAGUUCAGGCAGCCAGAAGUCCAGAUUAAAAAAAAAGAAGACAACUGUCUUGGUAUUUGGAGUUGUUGUUGUCAUCACCCAGAAAAAGCCACUGGCUAUUACAACUCAAUGAAAGUAAGGUAGUUGUCAAGAAUGAAAUGACUUGCUGUCAGGAUGUCUGCUAGGUACUUAAAGGAUUCUGGGCAGAGACUCACAACACACAUUUGCAUUGAAAUAUAGCAUGCCCCUAGGAAAAUUAAUAUGGUUCUCAUUAGCACUGCACUUUGCUGCCCACCCAGCCACGUUAAAACAAAUUUUAAGGGGGAAAGGGAAGGGGCAGCAGAUCAGAGGACCCUGUGCUACCCGCUAACGAUGUCUUUGUUUGCCCUCAUGGUUUGAACAGCUUUGGAUAUCAUACUGCAUAGCUUCAUUUGAGCCAGAGUUCACCCAGGUUCAAAUAAUUAUUAUAGGGCCAGGUGUCAUAUAUAAGUGCCUUUAUACAUCUGCAUGUAUAAAUGAGGAGCAAGCAGAUCGCCAGGAGGCAGGGGCUUAUCCAGGUCUUGCUCCCUUGUUGACCUUGCCUGUGGUUGGACAACAACUGGGAAUACCCCACUACUGAAGCCUGACCCCUUAUAAGAGAACCCAGUUCUUUAGGACAAUGUGACAAUUUGUAGUAACCUUCCCCAUCCUGGGGCCCUCCAGGUGUGUUGGGUGCUGCGCUUAGCAGAGGCUGAUGGGAAUUGUAGUCCCUAACAUCUGGAGAGCACCAGGUUGGGUGAGGCAGAACUGAAGGAGCACAAAGAGAAUCAGGAUGGAGCAAGCCAGAUGCUAGAGAGCUGGAAAUAAAGCAAAGCAGGAACUGGGGAGGGGGAAGGAGGGAAGCUGGAGCCUAGCAGGCUUGGCUAGAAUUUCUCAACUGCUUGUAAACAUGUAGCCCAAUAGGAUGUGUUUCAUAAAGCAGAUGGCUCUUUGCAUUAAUAUUAAGCCUUAAUAUGCUAAUUCAAGGUUCUCAGAAACCCUAGACACAAGUCACCUUUCUUUUAACUUCCUCUUGACCCUUUCUCUUGCAUGCUUCCUUUAGUUAUCCUCUUUUACAAACAAACUUUGUUUUCCCUUGAUUCGUGUCCAAAAAUAUUCUGGUUUUGAUCUUUGUCAGCAACAAGCAGUCAUCCAUGCACUCACACACUCACUCCUGUGUUAUCUUUUCCAUUUUUCUUGGGUUCCCUUAUAUCCAUUGCACUGUUCUGUGAUCAAAUAGCUGCACAGAACUCAGGACUCAAAACCACAUGUGGUUCCUGCCAAGAUGGCAUUCAAGCCUGGGUUGGCAUUUGCAUACCCUCCAACAUUUCUCCAAUGAAAAUAGGACAUCCUAAGGAAAAGCAGGACAUUCUGGGAUCAAAUCAGAAACCAGGACGGCUUCUCUAAAUGAGGGAAGUCCCUGGAAAAUAGGGACACUUGGGUGGUCUGCAUUUGUUGGGGCUCAUAGUCAUCAGUGCCUAGAACAGCAGGGGGAAAGGAAUGUUACUAAACCUAAACACAUUUAUUUAAAACCAAGCUGUACCAAAUUCAGUGGUAUUCAUUCAUUCGCUAGCGUAGACCCAGUUUAAAGUGCAUGCAUCAUGCAUAAUCUGUGUGAGAAACAUUUUCAGAAUCUGGCCAUAAGAUGGGCACUUCCUGCAUUUUAUGGCCUCCCUCAUGGUGAACUCCCUGUCUGGUUAGUAUAUGGGAUUUUUUACAGAGCCUGGUGCCAUGCCAUCAGGUUCAGUGGGUUCCUGCCUACCAGCCUCAGGUUCAGGGCUCCCCUGAUUACCGGCAUAAGGCUGAGAGCCAGGUACCCAGACUGGUUCCUAAGCCAUUGACACAUUGGCUCUGAUGGUGUCCUGGUCACUGCUGGACUAUGGAAUCAUAACACUCUGGUUGUUUCAGUUGUAAGUGCUUAGGCUUACUUACAAGCUGAGUUACAUUAGGGUGUGGGAAGGAAGGGAUUGUGUCAAAGAUUCCACAGGAAAAGUGGACUUUAUGGAGGUGAGAGAGGUAGCAUUCACAGGUGUUUGGGGGUGUGAUUCCAACCUAGGGGGCAACAAGGUAGAAAGGGUGGAGGCUUUUAAGGGAACAGGGGAUCUCCAGAUGGCAGAGGGUGGUGGUGCCUUAAUUCUUUGAAUGGUAAAAGCAAACCCCCUCCAGCAGUGACCCAGCUCAACUCAGCUACCCCUGCUUCCCUCUGACUAAAAAGAUGCUCAGGAGCAUAUCAAAGAGUCCCUGCAGUGUCCUCCAGCUCCUCAACUGAACAAAAGCUCUGAGCCUCUUCUUAUAAACUAAAAAAGCCUGUCUAAACUAGAUUAUACUCUUCUGGGCACGAAGGGGCCAUAUAUUCCCCUUUCUCAUCUCUAAAUACAGUGGUACUGACGCUUCAGGUUACAGACUCCGCUAACCCAGAAAUAGUACUUCAGGUUAAGAACUUUGCCUCAGGAUGAGAACAGAAAUUGCGUGGCAACAGCAGGAGGCCCCAUUAGCUAAAGUGGUAUCUCAGAUUAAGAACAGUUUCAGGUUAAGAACGAAUUAAGUUCUUAACCCGAGGGACCACUGUACUCAUGAUGGCCAGUGAAAGCCCACCAUCAUAAUACUUCACACACAAAAACCAAGGAUUGACUUUAAAGUGAGUAAAUUUGUGGUGGUUUUCACGUUUUUCAUCAUCACAAUCCUCUCCCAUCCCACAGAAAUCCCACAGAAAUAGAGGACCUUUCUGUUCUUGCGUUUAGCAAAGACUGCUGUGAAAUACAUAGAAGGUCAGCUUUAAAACAGGUAGCUCAAGCCACAGCGCUUCAUGACAAUAGUAGAAAAACAGUCCUUCUGCUUAGAAUCCCCUUUAUACUUGGAAUCAUUGUUCUUUGCACACAAAAACAAUCAACGGGUUGGGGGCUAUUAAAGAGUGCCUAGGAAUAGGCACUUUCAGCCAAAUAGUCUGAAAGCAUUACAGCUGUCAGGAUUUGGAGGUGGGGGCAGGGGUGUAUUUGACAGGAAAUAAAGCUUAUGUUGAUUUUUUUUUGUAAGGUCUAAGAAGAGGCUAAGUGACUGUGCUGAGAAUAUGAAUAGGCAAAGUGGAAGAAAAUCCCUCCAUUUUCAAAGGAAAAACAUAGUGAUUAUAUUUCAUUAUAAUGGCUGUACAAGCAUAAACUAAGCCAUAUAUUAGUAACAGAGCUGAGCUGUCUUCUCAAGGGCUGGGAGAAAGGAGCGUGCUGUAACAGGGAGAUUAAUCACUGGCAAAUAUUAAGAGAUUAUGAGGAGAGAUUAAAAGAUUAAAGGGAAAGACGAAAGGAACCUAAAUCUAUAUAUUGUGUCCAGAUGACAAUAUAAGGGGGGGAAUGGUUUUCUGUGCACAUAAAUCACCUGGCUGUACAAAGUAAGAAGUAUUAACUAUACAUGAUUGUAUUAAGGACUGUUAAAUGGAAAUAUAAGGAGUCAUCAUUCAUUUAUAUGUCUGAAUGGAGUUUGAACCAUGACUAGCCCAUUGAGCUCAAUGCUGGAAGGUAUCAUUAGCACCUCUUCUGUUGACUUUGCAAACUUAUUUAAAAGGCAGCAUGGUUGAGGGUCCCAACUGCAAAUGUGAGCUCACCAGUGGCAAGAACAUACUUUAAUCUGGGGAGAUUGUCCAGUAGGAGGUCAGAGAUAGUCCUUACCUUUCUCCCUGUUCAGGAGAAGAUCUAGCAGUCUCCUAACAUUAGUCUGAGCCACAGAAGCUUUCAGAUUCUCCAAAACGACUUCAGACACAAGACUUGAUCCCUCCCUAAAUUGGGUGAGGGAAAGGAUCAAUGUUCAGCACUGAUCAUGGCUGUCUACUAAUGGUGGUCAAAAUUUGUAUAUAUUUGGACAUGGAAAUUAAGAAGGAAAAGCAUGUGAGAAACCUUUUCGUAUAACCAUUCAUCACAUAAAAAUGUCAGCCCCAAAAGCAGUCUUUUAUAUUCACCCUAAGGCAGUCUUUACAUACAAUUUCCUAAUGGGUUUAACCUUCAGGUUAACAUAUCAUGAACAUCACAUGUACCUAUCUAUGUGCAAUUAGCAUACACAUGCCAAUUUAGCUGUGUAUACACCCAUUGGGACACCAUAGUUGAUCGAUAGCUUCCGGACAUGUGUUAUUGAAUAGAUAGGUGUCAAAAUAGCGACAUGUUUUCUUAUCACACAUGGCAUAGUGUAGAAAUACAGAAGUGUUAUCCAUGCACCUGUGCAGCUCCUUGCCAUUUGGGGGUUGCCCUUCCUAGUGGACUGUGCAAUACAGCCCACCCAAUUGCUACAUUUUCAAAUAGUGUUUUUUUGAAAACCUCACAAUAUUGCAAUGCUGCUCAUUCCUUGCUGUCAUGGAGUCUAUGAAAACAUAUGGGUGGGAGCCUCAGGCUCAGGAGCCAAAUGCUGCUGUGAGUACUUCCUUCCCCAUCCCCUGCUUGCCCCCGUGUGUCCCAGUCACUCGCUGAGAUCCUUUUCCUCCUCCCUGUUGUCCUGCCAGCUCCUGACACUUUUAUACAUUGACUGAACUGUGGUGCAGUAAGCUCCACCUCCACAGAGAAGCUGGCUUUUAGAGGACCUUGCCUUAUACUGCAGUCAGUUUCCUGUAGGGCUGAGGAGACAAAAGUACCCUGGAAGACUCCUCCUCUGACUCAAAGUAAGGUGGCAAGGCUGUGUUCUCAAGUGAGGAGAGCCUUGAAGAUGGUCCUGGCAGCUCUUCCCUCAGUGAAGGUUAUCUUCUCUGAGUCCAUUGCACAGCGCAGGGUCUCUGAGUCAUGACAGAAGAGUUUAAACCUCUCCACCUUACCACACCUCACUGUUAUGUCAUCAGGAGGAAAUACUUCAUUAGUGCCAUUUUUCAUAUAUAUAUUUUUUAAAAAGUUUCUAGUUCUUAAGGCAUUGACGAUAUGCAUGAAAGUUUGUGCUGCAGUCUCAGGAUCCAUAAGGAUGUCUUACUAAGGUUUUCAGUGAUGGGUGUUAAGGUUCCAGGCCCCUUCAUGGCUUUAUUUAUACUAGAGCUUUCUGCUUGUGUAACAGCAGCAUUGGACACAACACAAUUGCUGUGUGAUUGAGAUACUGUGACCAUUAUCAUAUUUGUCAUUGUGUUUUAUUUUCAGAUCAUGGAAGUUUAGCUCUCCUGGUGAAUCAAAGGUGGCCGUCCUUUUCUUUUACAGUUGCACAUUUCUGUGGGGUUACCCAACUUACCUGUUUUGGGUAAGGCAAUCAUGGUCUUGUUCAAAAUACGGCUCUUCCUUGUGCCCGUUGUAUAGAAUAAUAGUGAAAAGGGAAAGAGUUGCUUUCCAUGAAAGCCUUGGUCUCAAAUGGCAAUUAGCCCCACAUACACCAAUGCUCUCUAUUUAAGGGACUGCAUUUUCCCUACAAGAAAGGUAGUAAAAUAAAGACUCUAAUCAUUAUAUAGCUAUGGAUAUAGAUAAAGAUAUAGUUGUAUAAUUUGUUGAAUCAGAAUUAGAAUUCAAUCCUGCAAAGGCUUAUUCUUAUAUCUUAUGAUGGAGCAAACUAUUUUGGUAAUGCCGUUGACCUCCUGCUUUCAGACUGGAGAAAUAUAUUAGUAGUAGCAUGCUAAGAAUUGCAUUAGGAUGGCCACUUACACAUAGCCAAAAAAGAGGAAAUGCAUCACACACAUAAUACAUCAAGAUGAAAGAGGGCACAGAUACGCACAUCUUAUGCAAAUGACAGUUUUUAUGUAUAGAUGCAAAUUUAGAAAUAAUUGCUGUAAGUUAAAUAGAAAUGCAUCUCACUAUAAAUGGGAAUAUUGUGAAUAUUGUGACCAGGUGAUCUUGAUCAGUCUGCUGCCCAGCUUCUAACUGCUGAUGGACAACUACAAGCCACCUCCCCUGGCUCUCCUUUUUAUGUUUCUUUCUUUAAACUGAACUUGGAUUUGGCAGCACCACAAACAGAGGACUAGCCUCUGUAAAAUAGGACACCUUGCCAACCUAGAUUAUAUAAAAUAUCAUUGUAAUAUGGAGUUGGAAGAAGAUAAACUGGUACCGAUAUAAUCCAGGGCUACCAGUAUUUCUGGAAAAUAAAGGUAAGAAUUGAUAUACCAGUACACUCUGAUCCUGAAACUGUUAUUAAGAACAAAUUUCUGUGGAAUUACAUCCAAGCAACUGCUCUUAACAGUAUGAUAAUGAUGCAGUUGAUUCAUGGUGUGCAUCACAUCAAUGCUGAAUAAAAAUGUACAAAUGGUUAUUUCAAGCCAAUAUAUGUCUAUUAUUACUUGGCCAAGAUCCCAGAUUCUAGGCAAUUCCCCUUGGUUUACAGAGAAGAAAGGAACAGACAAAAAGAAAUCCUGAAAAGAGUUUAUCUCAACUGACUCCAUGAAAUGCAGCCAAUAUUAGAAAGUUUAUGGUACUUGUUAUCUAGUGUGAUAUCAAACUGUUGCAUUCCAUUAAUAUGCUUUUAUUUAAAUAAAUGAUAGACAUGCCAUAUCAUAUGGAUAUCUGUAUCUCACUGACCUGAGAAGGUAGAAGGUUCUGCAUUUUCUGGACUUUAAUCUAUACAAUACAGUACAAAUAUAAUACAUUAUUCUGUUUAUAUUCCCUGUUGCUCUUUUUAUGGGAGGGAGCUGGCUGGAACUUUUCCCAAAGCUUUAGUGUGCAAUCCUUGGCUCAGUUUAAAUCAAAGGCACUUCUGUCAUUGACUUCAUUGGAUCAUUGGAUCAGGAUUGCAUCUUUAAUUCCUUAAUCUGAGCAUAAUUCUUCAGUCAGCUGGCGGGCGUAUUAUGGAACAAAUGGUAGCAUUUUAUCUGUGCAGAGCAAAAUUGCCAAGCUAAAUUGAAAACAAAGAUCAGAAAUAUAUUCUAGAACAGUACUUAGCUGUAAUUUAUUAGCAUCUUUCACUUUAUUAUAUUUCAUGAAAUGAGAAAGGGGAAUAUCUUUGCAUUUAAGUGAAUAGAUGACUACAGUUGUCACAGGAUCGAUUUUCAGAGCGGCUUUUACAACCUCUAGGCUUUGAUACCUACAUUUACAAAGUGAAAUAAUCAUAUUUUCAUGAGAAGUGAAGUUUUAAAACAUUUUCUAUCCAAGGCAAGGGAAAAAAGAAAAGCAGGAAUUCAACAGUAACCUCCCCUUUGUUUGCUUCUCCUCCAACAGUGGUUUCUCUGCCUAAUGAUUCAAAACGUCUCUGCAAGAUGCCUUUCCCUUCACUGUCAUUCACGUUAUGCAUCUCCAUAGCUCAUUAUUGUGGCUAUGUAUAAUUAAACUGACUUUCUGGCAUGGCCAUACUUCUGGUCCUUACUGUUUAAAGAUCUCCACUUCUCUUCUCAACUAAGCAAUUGCCUGAUUAACAUUAUUUGAAAUCCCAAUAUGCUUUUACACUCAGUUUGUAAUGAUGCCUAAACAACAAUUCAUGUAGAAACAUGGGAGCCAGUUCCUUGUGUCUGGACCUCAUGUUGCUGUGGCAAUAUCUGUAGAAGGAAUAACGUGGAACAGAUGGAUUACUUAUCAGUGGACAAUACUGUCCUGGCAAGGAAAUAUAUAAUUUGCCCAACCCGUAUGGUUCUUUCCUAAAGACUUUAAUGGAAAAUCUACAUGUAAACAGCUCACCCAUAGAAUCAUAGAACCGUAGAGUCGGAAGGGACUCUGGGGAUCAUGUAGUCCAACCCCCUGCAAUGCAGGAAAAUAUGCAAUUCCGUAACAUAUAAAUUGUCACUUUGUGAUUUGGAAAACUGAUGCAAUUCCGUAACAUAUAAAUUGUCACUUUGUCAUUUGGAAAACUGAUGUGUAGACUAAGCCCUCAUUUUGAGGGUGUCUGUAUCUCCUAUCUACAGGCUCAAUGUCAGGAGUUGGCAUAGUUGAGCAGCUGCUGGAUUCUCUGACCUAGCAAAAGGCCCAUUGCAAAGCACCACUCCAAGCACCUCCAUCUUUGUUAGGCCAUCUGCAUAUAUUUAGACACAAAGCUCCAUCAUUUAACAACAACAACAACAACAACAACAAUUUAUUAGUUUCCCCCAGAAGCUAACAGACAGCCAAUAUGAAUCAGGUGCAAGUUACCUCAUGCCCUCAAACCCUCACACUGCUUAUUUCUCAGAAACCUGGUGACACAGGAAAACCCACAGCAGGUUUCUUGCCUGUGGCCCACAGAAACCUGAAACUUGGUCACGCCAAGUUGGUUUCCCUUCUUACACAUCUCCUUGUGUUAUCUCUUCUCAAUAAGCUUGCCUACUGUUAGCUCCUUCUGCUUCCUCAUACUGCUUGCCUAUAAUAUUCUGUGUCUCUUUCACCUCUCAUGUUGAGAAAUCUCUCAAGAACUGCUCCUCCAGUUCCAUCCAGUUCUUGUUUCUGUAUCCCCAGUUAUGGAUUUGUCAGUCCCUAACUGUUGAAAGCCACCUUGAGUAGUACAUGGACACUAGAAGAGUGGGAUAGAUAGCAUAGAUAGCAGAGAGGUUGGGGAAAGAGAGAGAGAUUUCAUGUAAACAGUAUACAUACAUAGUCAGCCAGAGGUCAAGUAUAUGACUGGUGCUUUUGUACAAUGAUUUGCAUGAUGUUUCAGUUUGUGUGCCAGUGUAUCAGAUUAGUUUUGUGUAUCAAAGUGUUAAGACAUUUGUCUAUUUUCAUUGCACAGAUUAUGCCGUUAUCUUUUAAUACCCUGUGGAACGCCCAUGCUACCUUCCUCCUUGGGAAUGCUCUGAUGUGGUUCCUCUUCUUAAAAGCUUCUAUGAUGAACCCAGGUUUGCUUCCUCAACACACUGAUGAAUAUUACCAGGCCAUCAGACAGGUAUUUCUCUCGUACACCUUUGCAUAUGCAACCAUCUCUCACAAUUAGUAAUAAUUCUGUUGCUGAAUUCAAAGCAUCCUUCUUUUGUCAUCAUUUUUUAUACAUGCCUAAAUGUUGAAGAUAAGAAAAUUCAAUUAAUGCAGGCAGCUAGCAAAGAAAGGCUUCAGCACCUCUGCACACGUAUCUGGGAGAAAGUCCCACUGACUUAACUUCUGAGUAGACAAGUAUAGAAUUGUGCUGUUUUGGUGACUGAUUUUGUUUUCCACUAAGAAGUCAUGUUUUAUAAUAUGAUCACGGGACAUCCCGAUAGUAUAAAACAAUGCAACUACAUGAGAAUAUGAACCAUUCCCAAUAUAUAAUAUGGAUUGAAUCUUCCUGCCACACCUGCCAUCCUCGCCUGUCACACCUGUAUGGUGCGCCACACCCUUUGAGAACCACUGUAUUACAUGCUUCCUGCUUUGGAAGGGAGAAAUUGCACUUUUUGCUGAUGCAUUUACCAUGGAGAUGGGUAAACUCAUGCAAGUCCACCUGAACAUAAAGCAUGAACAGCAGCUGAAUCACCUGGCUUUCUGAAAUGAUGCUAUUGUCCAAAGCACAUAUACAAAAGCAUUAGGUUAGUUGGUGUGACAUUACCAUAUAUGAGAGAGUGCUGGAGGGGAAAUAGUUAAAUAGGUUGCACAGACAGGACCCAGGGGGGUGGAGUCAGUUCUGGGACGAGUUCGUUGGGAGUUGUGGGUGGGUAGUUGGUUGGAUUUCGUGGGUUGGCUGGUGGGGAAAGGCACUUGGUAACAGAGAGACAGUUAGGGCCGUGGGUUCUUGAGUGUGGGGAGGUAGAAGAGAGAGAGAGGGGAAAAUAAGACUAAGAAAGUAAAGAGCAACAACGUUUGGAAUGCUGUAAAAGUUUUGUUUGUGUCUGAAAUAAAAUACACUCUUCUUUAUUAAUUGAAAAGCUGACUGAGACUGAAGUGAUUUUACCAGGGAGGACCUGGUUGGUGGCAGCGGAUUAGUGGUGUAUGGAUCAAUAGUCCAUGCGACGACCGGGGGCUCCGUACAAACACCACAAUUGGUUCUUAGAUUCUGCCAUUGCAUUUUAGAUUCCAUCCUGGAUGUCUUCUUCUUUCUAAGGUGGAUUAUCUUAAUUAUUGGGAAGAGGGCAAAAGCCUGUUGCCUAGACUAUGUCAUGUGUGCCACCUUGUGAAACCUCUUCGAGCUAAACAUUGUCAUAUCAUCAAUCGUUGUGUGUCUGGCUUUGAUCAUUAUUGUCCUUUUAUCUACAACAGCGUGGGAUACAGGAACAGGUAAGGUAAAGGUAAAGGGACCCCUGACCAGUACAGAUGUGCAAAAGAUGUGCAAAAGAGAUUUUUCCUGUAGCAUUUAAGAUAGCCUUCCACAACCCAUUAGCUUUCAGAUGUGUCAUCAGUUCCAGCCAGCAUUGCCAGCAAGGUGAUGGGAGUUGUGACCCACAACAGCUGGAGGGCAAGAGGUUUGGGAAAGAUUGUUCAAGAUAUUUUUGCUCGUCUACUUUAUAAGUCUUUAGUAACUAAGCGUUCUCUCCCCCCCCCUUUUCACAACACCGUCAGAUGUUGCACUGUUGAUAUCUUUCAUCAGAAACAUUAACAUGUGACACAAUAAGUCUUUGGAUCACCACUGUAUCUAUCAGCCAUCUGUGGCCCUACAAUCAGCAGGUGGACCCUGUUGGUGUCACCCCACUUGGGGUAUACUCAGCUGGUGGUGACUUGUGUCAGGGCCUUCUCAGUAGUGGCUCCCCAUUUGUGAAAUGCCCUUUCUAGUGAGCUGCAUCAGCCUCCCUACUUACAAACUUUUUAAGGGAAAAAAUAUUUUUUAAAAAAAUACUUAUUGAUACCUAGAAAAAUUGUAAAGUUUUGAUGGUUGAAAGUUCUGUCCCUGAGACCUCUGAAAUUACUGUAUUAGUUUAAGGGUAGAUUAUUACUUUCAGGAGUUUUAAACUGGUUUUUAGAAAGUUGUUCUUAACUGUUUUUUAGAAUUUUUAAUUGUGUUAUUUUAGUAUCGAAAUGUGUGCUGCCCUUGAUUCCUUUGGAGCAGGGUGUGAGAUAUACAUUUAAUUAAUUAAUUGAUAAAUAAGUCAUAAACUUAUUUAUUUGGCAAAGCCAAAAAUGUGGUACACAAAACAGAUUUAAACUGAGAAAAUGGUUGUGGCUCCUUCCUCCACCCCAUGAAACAAUGGGGGAAUUGAUUUUCUGUAAAGGGGGAAAUGGUCAAUGCCAUACUUAGAAAUCCAAGACCAGGUAUUUAGUGCAGAAGACAUGACAAUUAAGCUCAUGUAAAAUCCACUGAAGGCCAGUUGAUGGCCUAUAUUAUCAACUGCUUGCUUUGCUGUUCAUUUUUAAUCAUAUACGCAUCCAAGUCACACAGGAGACAUUUCCUCAGAAAUAAGGUGCUCAUAGAAGGCACUACCACAGUUAUUUCCCCACAUCAUCUUUUACGGGCAUAUUUAUGAAAGGUGAGGGACGCGGGUGGCGCUGUGGGUUAAACCACAGAGCCUAGGACUUGCCAAUCAGAAAGGUCGGUGGUUCGAAUCCCCGCGACGGGGUGAGCUCCCGUUCCUCGGUCCCUGCUCCUGCCCACCUAGCAGUUUGAAAGCACGUCAAAGUGCAAGUAGAUAAAUAGGUACCGCUCCGGCGGGAAGGGAAAUGGCGUUUCCGUGCGCUGCUCUGGUUCGCCAGAAGCGGCUUAGUCAUGCUGGCCACAUGACCCGGAAGCUGUACACCAGCUCCCUCGGCCAGAAAAGCGAGAUGAGCGCCGCAACCCCAGAGUCGGUCACGACUGGACCUAAUGGUUAGAGGUCCCUUUACCUUUACCUUUUUAUGAAAGGUGACCUUGAGCACACUCUGCUACCAUUUGAGGUUCUUUUCUGACAGAUUUUGUUUUUAAUGUGAUCCGACUUCAUUUAAAAAAAGUGGUGACACAGCAGGAGCCAAGGACUAAAUUCACAGAGUAAUCAGUACCUCCAGUAAAGAGUACUAUAAAGAGAGUGCAGUUUUGGUUAGCUUCUGCUUCCAGGCUGCCCACGGACAUCUGGUUGGCCACUGUGAGAAUAGGAUGCUGGUUUAGAUGGGCCAUUGGCUUCAUCCUAUGGUCUUAUGAAUUAAAUCACCACAUCAGCUGCAUAUGAGAGAGGUUGUUCUAGAUACUGACUGAACUUUGCAAAGGCUUUGUUAGCUUUUUACAUAGUAGAAGCAUUGCUUUGUUUCUGUUUUGCUUCAUUCUAGGCCCUAUUUUGUAGGAUUCCUCACUACUAUGUGUCUGAACUCUGUGGUUGGAAUAUAUCUAUGCUGGAAUUGGUUUAAUGUAAUGGGACGUAGUAUUUUCAUCGGGAUCGGAUUUCUCUUUCUUUCCGUCAUUGCCACAACAUCAGCAAUGAUGACUUCACUGUGUGUAUGUAUUGUCUUGAAUGCAUAUUUUUUAUUAGCAGGCUUUGGGGAGAUGACAAAAAUGCUUUUGGCAUUAUAGCUAGCUAUAGGAUCAGUCAAUAGUUUUUAUUAAAAGGAUUUUAAAAAAUAAAGUAAAAAACGGCAACAUUUUAAGGGGUCACCUUUUGUCAUCACAGCAUCGAAGUAGAGGACUCAUAGGAGCAGAAAUGUUUGCUUUUUAAUGACAGAUUGGGGGGAGGGGUCUUCGGGAGCCAGCUAUGAGCCGCUGGGUAGCCACUGCUGCCCUCAGAGAUGGCAGGGGUAGGAUUUUCCCACAUAGUAAAAAAUGAAGCAAAGGCACUGACUCUCUGAGUGGUAAGACAGGCCUCGUUCUUAUCCCAGACCGCAUAUUGACAAGUCAAAGGGAAAAGACUGUGUGAACCUGAAACAUGUCACAGACAGCAUGGUCAGUAGUCAGGAAUGAUGAGAGUUGUAGCCCAGGGACAUCUGGAGGCCCAAGUGGUCCCAAUCUCCUGCUUUCGGGUUUCUGCAUUCUGCCUGAGGCAAUCAUUUUAGUAUUUCGUAGUAUUUAGAUGCUGGAGUUGCAUAUUAAAGCUCACCAGCUUUGUUACAUAAAGGGCAAUCUUCUCUCCCUCAGCCAUUCACACAGGAUGCUGAUGUUAGAAAGAUUGUCGCCUAAAAGAGGGAGCGCAAUAAGUUACGAAAAACCAGAUGAGAUUAAUGUGUGUUAUAUAUAGUACUGUAGAGUGGGAACAGCAGCUCACUUUAGAUAGAACUGUUAAUGCCCUCUAGUGUCUCUUUAUUGAAAGCCAGAGAGAAAGAGAAAGUUUGCUCAAAUAGGAUGCUAAGUAACUGCACUAUUUUCGACUGGCUGAUUUCAAGUGGGAUCAUACUGAAAAUAAAACAAUAGCAUGCUUGGUGGGAAAUACAUUUAAUUUGCAAGGGAGUAAGUUUUAGCCAGUCCCUUUGGAUAUACGGUCUUUUACUGUUCUGGUAUCUGCAUAUAAGCAUAUAUUAACUUUGUAACAUGUACUGAAGAAUAAUUUAUGUUUUUAUAUACCACCCGCAUAAAUAAUACAGCUGGCAACAGAAAUGAUUAAAUUGUAUGCUUGUAUUAUUUCUGUUUGGGAGUUUCUACUACCCAAUGACAGGAUAGUCUGAUAUCGUGGGAUGAACUCUCAUAAGAAGAAUCAUUAACUAAGAUUACAGGCAGCAGAAUAUUUGGUAGUUCACUUACGCUACUAUUUGUUCCUUAUGGUCCUUGCUUCCUUGAACAUGGAAAGCUGCCAUAUACGAGUCAGACCAGUGACUCUCAGCAUCUCCACUAGUUGUGAUCCACUUGGCUGGAUCUUGAAUUUUGGACUUCCACAUGCAAAGGACUUAUUCUGCCACUGAGCUAGGCCUUUCCCAGUGGUCCAUUAGGGUGAAUGGAGCACUGCCCUACCAAGCUCAGUCUGCCCUUGACCAGCCUGCUUUUCUUACUUCCACCCAGCCCAGGUUUGUGGCACUGCCUGACAGUGGCCUCCUCCUUAGUUUCAGUGCUGCUCUUGUAUACCCUCCAACAUUUCUCUGAUGAAAAUAGGGAUGUCCUAUUUCAUCACCAUAACAACAAUAAUUUUUAUUUAUACCCUGUCCAUCUGACUGGGCUUCCCCAGACAUUCUGGGCAUCUUCCAACAUUCCCUACACAGGGUUGCCCUGAGAUGUAUUCUAAAGAUUGUAUAGUUACUUAUCUCCUUGGCUCAGGGGGUCACAUAACUCCAUCCCCUCCAACAUUUCUCUGAUGAAAAUAGGGACAUCCUAAGGAAAAGCGGGACAUUCUGAGAUCAAGUCAGAAACCAGGAUGCCUUCUUUAAAUCUGGAACUGUCCCUGGAAAAGAGUCUGCUCUUGUAGAACUGCGGAGGGAGGAGGAUGGGGACAAAAUUAGAAUUAGAUGAUUCUGGCUGUCAUUGGCUCUGGCACCACCUGCUGCUGGUCUUCCUACCAGUCCAAAUAGGCACUAACCACUGCUGGCCUUUCUCCAAACAGCCAGUCACAAAACUGAUGGUAGAGUUAGCAGAGAUAAAACCAAGACCUUCUAGAUUUGUAUCCUGCUGCCCAGUAUGAUAAGCAACUGGUCUUGGGCUGCUACUAUACCAACAGGAAAAGGACAAAUACAUUUUGUUUAUGUUUGAAUACAUCACCCACAGUCAUAAGAACUGGAAUGUAGAGAUGAUUCCAACAGACUGGACUAGGAAUGGGGAUUCUGUGGCCCUCCAGCUACUGCUGAAAUACAACUCCCACCAUUCCUGACCAUUAACCAUGCUGGCUGGAGCUGAUGGGAGUUGGGAGUCCAACAGCAUCUGGAGGGCCACAAGUAGUAGUAGACUGCACAGAGGGAGGGCGGCACCACUUAUGUGACCUCCCUCUGCCCAAGUUGCUGCUGUAUACCAGGGUGGAGAGGCAACAGAGUGGUGAGGUUGACCAGGUACAAGCACACCAGUAGUAAAUCUGGUGGUCCUACCACCAUGUUUGCACUGUGUUGGCCUCGCCUUCCCCACCCCCUUCCCUCUUCCCCCUUCUCUGUUCUUGUGUGCAGCCGUGACUCAGCUGGAGGAAAGUCAGGUAAGUGCCAUCCACUACCAGCCACAGGUUUCCCACUGCUGGGUUAGACCAUAGUUUCCUGUGAACUGAAUUUAGAGCUUUGGCUGCUAUUGUGAUCCUGCCUGACACUCUCACUUGUCUACUUUUGAUAGAUGAUUUACUGUUUUUCUAGUGUCCCAAACUGGCUUCUGCAGAACUUGUCAGACUGUCCCUGUAUCUAUUGCUGGGACAUUUAGCCUAGUCCAUAUUUAAGUAUAGCUUUGCUCUGCUUUCUCAGUUCAGUGACCAUUGAAAUAAUCUAUAUUGUUUCUUGGUGUAUACACAACCUUUCUGUCAAGGACUCUUCUUGGCAGUAAACUAACAACUGUUAUAUGUGUUGGUAAACUCAAAUUCUUCAGCUGCUAUCCUUUCUCCAUUACACCAAAACACCCAAGAGUCUAUUGCCUCUGGUCUCCACAGUUUAAUUGCAGGUGUUACAUACAAGUCAGACAUUUAUUAAAAUGAUGAAUUAUUUCACAAAGUUCAGCUGGUCAGCUUGUAGUGUAAUGAAUCUUAGUUGCAGUACGGUGUCCUCUGCUGCAACAGCAGCAGUGCAAACAGUUUAUAUGUAAAGCUGAAAGUCAACUCUAUGUGUUUCACUUCUAAAGGUUUAUAUGGCGGCAGUCAACUACUGCAGAAUGUCUCAAAACAACGAAGUAUGCAUAUCUCCUGGACCAUCAAGGGAAGUUCUUCAAUCCAUUCGAUAGAGGAAUUAUACUAAACUUGAUGGAAUUCCUUCACAUCAUCAAGCCUCUAACAGAGGAGGAACUGAAAAAAGCAGAUCUGACUUUGGUAUAAAGACUAUAGAAGAGUCAUGUACUCUAUAAUAUACAUCACUUUAUCAGUAAAACUGGCGGCAUGUAGUGCAUGGUUUUGAGCAUGGCCUCUCCCUAGGGAAAAGAAAUGUCUUGACAGAAACCUUUGCACGUGUAUGGAAUGUGACAGACCUUUGAACAUGUACAGAUUGUGAGUAUAUGUAUGGAGUAAAUGGACCUUUCUCCUUAAGUGCAGGAUAUGACCUUAAGCACAGCACAGCAACACAUUUAUUGGUUCAUUUUAAAAAUUGCAUAUUUCAGUCAUUGUUCCCACCCACCCACAAUUCAAGAGAAAGGGCAAUAAAUUAUCAUUGUACAAUACACAUUUCAUUUUCAAACACUAUUAAUCACUGUGCACAUUUCAUUCUGCCUUAUUCAGUAUUAAAUAUAUGCAUAGCCUAUUAUCCAUUCUAAGAUGCUGAUGGAGUUACAACAAAGUUAACAUAGAAUAUAAAAUUUCCCCAGCAGUUCUUAACUCAAAAUCUAAAUACUGUAUUACACUGCAGUUUUGUAUUUCUAUUCAACACUAGAUGGUGCUGGCUUACUUUUUUUUACUAUGAAGCUGACUUAGAAUGUCUUAAUAGAGUAAAUGUUCAAACACAACAGAACUGGGUGAAUUUCAAGUUCAGAUUUUGCACUUUUGCACCCUUCCCCCUUAUGCUGGCAGGCAUGCUGUUAUAUCCUGCAGAAAUGUAAUAAAAUAGCACCCCGUUGCAGACUCUGUGACUUAGUGACCCUAAGCCUGCGUGCUCAAGACUCAACAAAUAUAAUUCUUCUCGGUGUCAAAGGUUAAAAGAUUUGCAAGAAAUAUUUGUGAGGGUUCGUUUUCACUUGCUUGAAGCUUUCUUCUAUUUCAUUCCAAUGAACUUUUCUGUAGCUGGGGGAUAUAUAAACAUAUGCAUAAAAAAAUAAAAAGCACUUUUCCUCCUUC